AUGCAGCAUGUAUCAGAAUUUGGAUAUCCCACUCCGCCCGCGUCGCCGGUGUAUGACAACAAGUGCGCGAUUCAACAACCCAUCACCACCGCACCUCACUGCCAAGCACGAUACAUCCCGUUAACGCCGGAGCAGAGACUGGGAAGAUUUCUGGAGGGCAAGUUGCAGUUGACGACCAUUCUUGGAACCGGCGCCUAUGGCGUCGUCUACUCUGCCGUGGAUGUGAAGACCGGAGUCCGAUAUGCCGUCAAGUGCCUCAGCAAGUUCAACCCGGAUGGAACUCCAUUGGACCGCCGACAGGUUGCCUUCCAGAACCGCGAGAUCCGUCUCCACUACCUGGCGUCGGCCCACCCGAACGUGGUCUCGAUGUUCAAGAUCGUGGACGACCCUGAUUGCAUCUAUGUCAUCUUGGAGCAUUGCCCGGAAGGUGACUUGUUCUUCAACAUCACCGAACGUGGUCAGUAUGUCGGAAACGACAACCUUGCCAAGAGUGUUUUCCUUCAAGUCCUGGACGCCGUUGAGCACUGCCAUUCUCUUGGAAUCUACCACAGGGACUUGAAGCCGGAGAACAUCCUUGUUUCAGACCAUGGAGAGACCGUCAAGCUUGCCGACUUUGGCCUCGCCACAUCAUCGGACCGCUCCGAGGACUACGGAUGCGGAUCGACAUUUUACAUGAGCCCAGAAUGCCUGGAUCACUCUGCCCGGAGACCAUUCUACCUCUGCGCUCCUAAUGAUGUCUGGAGUCUCGGAGUCAUCCUCGUCAACCUCACCUGUGGACGCAACCCAUGGAAGCAAGCUUCCUUCGAGGACUCUACCUACCGGGCUUACACCCGAUGCCCGGAGACCCUCAAGAGCAUUCUCCCAGUGUCGGAUGAACUGAACGACAUCUUGGGAAGGAUCUUCACCCGCAACCCGGAUCAGAGGAUUACUUUGCCCGAGUUGAGGAACAGGAUCCAAGCUUGCCCGAGAUUCACGAUUCCCGCCAUCCCCGCCGUGCUUCCCACACCCCCGGUUUCGCCGGAGCACAGCAUCGAAUACGUUAUCCACGAGGACACCAUCGUCGACGACUACGACAACGCCCUCUCCCCCGCGUCUUCGUCCUCGGACGAAGGCUCUGAAUGCUCAUCCGACGACGGCUCGCUCACAUCGAGCGGCUCCACCAUUGACGACCUUGACGAGGAGUUCCUCCAGGAACAGCAGCAGGAGACUUGCCAAACCCAGACAUACGAACCAGAGGACUCAAGGACCAUGUUUUUCCCAGCCCAGGAGUUUGUUCCGCAGCAGCAGUACACAGGACCUGUGCCAACGCCAGUGGCCGCUGCACAGGUAUCUGCUCCUGCACCCAUGCCUCCGGUUCAGAUGCACGCACCCAGUUGCCCGCCCAAGUCUUUCGUGCCUUUCUGGUGGGGAGAUGUGGUCAAGUAUGCGCAGCAUGCUCCUGCUAUCCACCCGCACGUUCCUUUCCAUCAUCAGGUUCCUGUCUUUGCGCACAUGCAAGGAUGCUACUAA